CGCGUACUUCAUCUGCUCGUUGUCGCCUUCGGAACUCAUCCCAUGUCCGUGCCGUGCGGUUUAUAGAAACUUUUUUUUGUUCCCACCCGUAUCUCUUUACGCUGGUGCCUGGAUUGCUAUGGAAUGAGAUUAUACCUAAAUCUUUUGCGUUUUUAGUUUUGUGCCUGGAUCUCAGCCCUCUCGGACAUUAAUCUCAAGCCACUCAAUCAACUGACCUUCAUCCUCCCCUGGAAUUCUCUUUGCGUUCAUCCAAAUUACUCGCUCUCUAAGUACCGCAUUCUAAUCGCCUCGCCUUUGUGAACAGUGAACUUUCUUUUGCUUCAGAUUAUGGCGCAGAAGAUCGAUUUCAAUGCGCUCAGAGCACGCACUUUGGGGUCCGGGAAUGACGAAGAGGCGGUCACAGUGGAUACACGGGGCUUGAUCUCGAAAGUGCUUGCACGAUAUUCGGGCAAAUGGACUGUUUUACGUGAAAUGAUACAGAAUGCCGCGGAUGCAAAUGCCAGGAAAGUGACUAUCAAGUUCGAGACGUUGCCUUCAACGACGAUACCUCUGCCUCCAGCUGCCGACGAGAACACCUUGGUCAAGCAUACAAUUUCCCAUCAUACCCUCAAGCGCCUUCUUAUAUCGAAUAACGGUCUGCCUUUUAGUGAAAAGGAUUGGUCGAGACUGAAACGUAUUGCUGACGGCAAUCCCGAUGAAACCAAAAUUGGAGCAUUUGGCGUCGGCUUCUACAGUGUCUUCGAUGAUUGCGAGGAGCCUUUUGUAUCAUCGGGGAAAGAAGCAAUGGCCUUUUAUUGGAAGGGAAAUGCGCUUUUUACCCGCCGAUUACAGCUAAACGAAGAUGCUAACCCUGAGACCACGUUUGUUCUAGACUAUCGCAACGAGACUACCCCAGUUCCUUCACUGAUGCAAUUAUGCCAAUUUCUGUCGAGUAGUCUUACAUUUGUCAGCCUUGAAGGUAUCGAUCUGUGGCUGGAUGACUGGAAGGUGUUGCAACUCAAAAAGAAGACAGCCCCAAGCGUUGAACUUGUUAUUCCAAGAGAGAUUGACACCAAAACACCUCAUGGACUGAUGAAGAUCCAUUCAGUCACUCGGGAGGUCGCCCAAGUUGACGCCGACUGGAUGCGAGUCGUCGAAUGGAAACCAAAUACGAGCAUCUUUAGCGAGGGUCUUCGCGAUACCACGGGUUCGUUGCGCACUUUCUUUUCAAGACUCACUGGGCAAAAGGGCUCAGAGAAGUCGGUGAAAACCGAAGACAGUGAUACGACAAGUGACCUUGGCGAAUUGUUGAAGACUUCGAAAGCAUCUGUCUUCCUUCAUAUCAAUACUGCUAGUAUUCAAGCGUCUGUUAGUCAAUCCUUGAGCAGCGAACUCGAACGGGCUACUAGGAAACCACCACCGAAGAAAUCCACGAUCGCGAUUCUGACACCUUCUUUCGAUACCACUUUAGCCUCUAGAGCAUCUGGUCUCAACUCUGAAAUUCUCGCCUCCAUACUCCCUUUGAAAUCUGGAAGGAUUUUCAUAGGUUUCCCCACCCAUCAAACAACUGGUCUUAACGCUCAUAUAUCUGCACCUUCUGUGAUUCCCACAGUCGAGCGAGAGAGUAUUGAUCUCAACACCCGCUAUAUUAGCAAGUGGAACCUUGAAAUGCUAAGGGCCGCCGGCAUCGUCUGUCGCAUUGCCUGGACUGCAGAAAUGGAAUCUAUAAAAUCCAGGAUACAUCCUGGAAAGAAUAAUUCGAACUCGGCUAAAAUCCGCAAAGAUGAUAUAAUUGAGGUUCUCCCUGAGGCUGUUCAUACAGCCAACCAAUUCGUGUUCCGUGAAUCGACUCCAUCUUCUGUGCUAGGGCAAACAAUAGAAGAUGCAUUCUGGACGUGCAACAAGAGCUCCUCGAUCGAGGUUCUUUCAACCUGCGGUGUAAUCCAGAGCCAUCAAGCACGCAUAGCUCCCAAGGAUCUUAGCUUCAUGGAUUCGAUUCCAGUUUUGCCAGACGCUUUUGUAUCAGGCGCUAAGGAUUUCGUCAAGAAGUUGACGGACUUCGGGUUGGUGACCGACAUAACUGUAUCCGAUAUCAAGAAAGAGUUAGAGCUUACUACCUUGCGCUCCAAUCAGGUGAACGAGUUUCUUACUUGGCUCAGUCGAAAGGCUAUCGCAGGCCAGCUCGACACUUUUUCCGUUCAGAGCAUCCUCAGUGUUGCAGUAGCAAGCGACGAAGAUAACGCCGAUUCACAGGCCAAGCUGAUUGUUUUUGCGGGUAUUGAAAGCUUUCUUAAUCCGCAAAAAAUACCAGCAAGCUUGCCACUGCCACCAUCUGUGGCACCGUUCAAAUUCACGAAGUCCCUUGCAAACCGAGAACUGGAAGCACUAGGAUGGACAGAAAUGCAGGUAGUCGCCUGGAUCCUCUGGCUUCUUGAUAAUACUGGCAAUCGGAACAUGCUCGCGGCAGAGCAUGAUAUUACCCAAAACCCGUCAUUCUCUGCGCAGGUUCUUCCUAUAGUAUCUAAACAAUGGGAGUACUUCAGUCCCACAUCGAAGCAGACAGUCAUCAACCUACUACAAUCGAGAACCAUUAUUCCGACCAAGCUGGGGAUGAAGACUCCCCCCGAAACAUAUUUCUCUUCUGUUCGACUAUUUGAUGAUCUUCCUGUUAUCCACGGCCUCAGUGGUGUCAAGGAGAAAUUCCUAGCGUCCCUAGGGGUUCGCAAAACUGUUGAACUCGGGGUCAUAUUCGAACGUCUUUUGAACUCAUCUGAUCUGUCGGGUACAGUGGCCAAAAAUGAGGGGAAGUGGAGUCACGUUGACUUGAUACGGUACCUGGCCUCUGUGCAAGCGGACAUACCCGCAAAGGAUAUCAAAAGGCUCAAGGACACAAGCCUGUGCCCUGCUGAGCACCGCGACGAUCACAGUCCUAAGGAAUCAAGGUACAAAGAGACAACACGCUACAAGAUAUCGGAACUGUUCGAGCCCAAAGAUUCACUCAGGGUGCUUGGCUUGCCUGUGAUUCAGUGGCCGGGUACAUAUCAGCCCAGCAGCAACGAGGGUAAAUUCCUAUCUAUACUUGGCUUGAGGGCUUCCCCAUCAGCUGCAGACUUAGUCGAUAUAAUGGCAAGAGCAGCUGCAGACAAGAAUUGGAAUUUGCAUACGAGGGCCAUGUCAUACUAUAUCGCCGAGUAUCAUACAAGUGGCUAUGCUUUAUUCGAUUGUGGCGCGAUUAAGGUCCCAUUCCUUCCUGUCAACGAGUCAGACACCCUGAGCACUCCUGGAAAGUGUUUUACGGACGAGGGCGCUACCCUGUUUGGCUUCCAGAUCCUCCGGAAAGAUCUGCAACCUCACGCCUCGAAAUUUGGAGUCAAAGAGCACCCUGCCUUGAGCGAUUGUUUGGAUUGCCUGAUUCGCCUGCCGCCGACAAGCAGAAGAAACGCGAGAGUUAUCUUCAAAUAUUUGGCCGGAAGGGUGUCGGAGCUCAGACCCCGAGAUAUUGAGCGUGUUAGUAAUGCUCACAUUGUGCCCGUCUCGACUUCUCGAGGCGAGAGUGACAGCAAGGCCUCUGUGCGUCAUGUUAUGCCUAAGCUCUGUUACCUUGGCGAAGGCGAGGACUACAGGGACAUUUUUGACUUCGUUGACUUCGACCAGGAGGCCAAUCUGUUCCUUAUGGCAGUAGGUUCUAAGCGAGAACCAACGAAAACAGAGCUCGCACGCAUGCUUGUAAGAGAGCCUGCAAGAGUAUCGGCUACUUUCCAGAGCGCAGACAAGUAUCUCAAGUUGCUUAGAACACUAGCAGAGCAUUCUUCGGUGCUCAAGAAAGACCGUGAAUUGUAUCAAGAGAUGAAGAGGUCCGCUUUUCUUCUGUCUAGCAGAGACCUAACGUCAGUCGGCAAGGAAACUGUCCGCAGCGAUGUUGUGGGCAACUCGGACGAUGAAGACGAUGAUCAGAGCAUCAAGGAGUGGGCCUUGACCGUCGCUAAGGAUGCUGUUGUUGUGGAUGACUUUCAGAGCUUUAAUCUAUUCAAGGAACAUGUUUUGGCUGCUCCGCAAGAGGAGCUUUUGGAGAACUUCUACCUUUCUUUGGGGGCAGUGUCGCUAAGCGGUCUUGUCGAAGAGCGCGCUCACUGGGGCGCAGUGGCAGCUGAUCAGAGCCCAGCAGCUAAAUUACAAAAGCUGAUUAACGAGCGCGCGCGGCUCUUCUUGCACGACCAACCAGCCGAAUCUAUACGACACGACGUACGCUGGCUUGAGAAAUACCUCCAAGUCCAGGUGGUGCAAUCCUUAUCCCUCACUCGAUCUCUGAAGGGACGGCGUAUAUCUCAUACUCAAAAGCGAAGUGCAAUCAUUACCCAACAGCCUUCUCGAGCCUGGAAGCUGUGGAUAUGCCCUGGCAGAUACGAUUUGUAUGAAAUAAGCCAAGCUCUGGUACAUCUGAUCCUCGCUAGGCCGAAACUUCACUCGACUCUGACCCUGGAAAUGCUCCUGAAGACUGAUCUUCUCGAGUUGAAGACUCGAGGAUACAACGUGGAGCGUAUUCUCAAGCAGAAAGCUCAGGAAGCAAGGGUUGCAGAAGACAGGCGAAAGAAGCAAGUUGAGGAGGAACGGCAACGCCUGCAUGAAAGAGAAGCCGCUUGGGCUCAGGAGCAAGCUCAUGCGCAAAACCAGGCCCAGACACAAUCGCACACAGCGGAAGACGACCGGCAACUCAUGCCAGGGGACUUCCCUGAUUCUCCUACAAGUAGAAAUUCUACCCGUGACAUGCAGGUCGAAUCUCAGGCCCACGAUCAGAAGCCGCGUGGAUUUUUAGCCAAUUUGACCAAGCGAUUUGGGCUUGAGGGUAAUCGAUCACCUUGGACUGCCCUCAAUGGGGAAUCCUCGAAGACGCCGGCCUCUGAACCCUCUGGAAAUGCUACACCCCCUCCGCCGUAUUCUGUCCAAGAUCCACAAGAGAAGUCUCCUCCUGAGGCACCGGUUGCCGUUAACUCUCCUCAUCGUCUUCAGUCUGAGUUACUUUCAGCGGUUCAAGCUUGUCGACCCCAUGGCUCGUCCAGUGUCUAUACCCGGCCGCAAACGAAUCAGGUCACAGAGACUAGGUCUUACUGCGAUGAGAAACCGAGCCAUGAUCUUGAAUUCGUGGCUACUCUUCCUUGUGGCAUCCAUGUGCUAUUCGUCAAGACCCUGCCUGACCGGUCCGCCUUUUUGGCAAAGAACAGUCUUGGAAUCAACGUGUUCGCAUCCCUACUGAUUGAUUGUGCUGAUAUUUUCUCGUUACGUUUUGACAUCAUCAGCGUCUUCUAUGACCCUGGAAAGACCAUUGCUUUUAACCGGGCGGGUAGCAUCUUCUGCAACUAUUUCUUCUUCCAGCAACUACACGAGAAACAAGUGCUUCGGAACUCUGACGACGCCCGAUCCGAAGCACUGAUCUAUUGGUGGGUGAUCUUGUGCCACGAACUGGCGCAUAAUCUUGUGGAGGAUCACAGCUCUGCACACAGCUUCUACACUGAAGGGUUCGUUGCCCAAUACUUUCCCAAGGUGGCGACGAAGCUAGUAACGCCCAACGGUCAGAGAGGCUGAGCUGAGGUCAGGAGGUCUUCUGGAUGUGAGGAAGCUUGUCCGGAUAAUCAGUUAGAUGAACCCCUAAAUGGAUAGCUAGAACAUAUGUAUAGUGAGUGAAGUGAAUAGGUAGUAGUUAUUUGGCCCUUACUCUAUGAGUAAGACUAAGAUAAGAAGAUGGAGGUGGUUUGUGCAGGUGGCGACACUUUGAUUUCGGACCGAAAUAAAAAAAAAAAAAAAACAAAAGAAGGG